AAACAUUUUCUGCACAUUGUGUAUAACAUGGUUAUAAGAAUGUGUUGCACUACACAUGUGACAUUGACAUCCUGUAGCUGUCGAUUCUUGCUUGUCUGUAUAUCUGCAUGUCUGCUUGUCUGCUUGCUUGCAUUCUGUAACAAAGUACGGUAUUCCAUAUUCCCUUUCCGGUCAGAAGACACAUGUAUAUAAAAUUUAUACGAAUGCACUCGUAUUUACUUGGAAGAGACACCAAAUGCACCUUAAAUAAGCCCUGCCCUCCCUCCAUUUACCCCUCACACGAAUUACCCCGCCAAACGAUCAAAUCGGCGCUCUCGGUAUUUCCAGAAAAGAAGAAAAAGAUCAUCACUAGGGUCUUCCUUUGCAUGUGCGUGCAAAAUCUCCGGUGAUAAUUCGUUCAUUGUUGUCGAAAUUACUUCUUUUUACACCUAAGACAUAUAUUCAAACGCAGAAGAACGAGCGACUGAUUCCAAAGGCGAAAUCAAGAAGAGAUGUCUCAAGAACCAUAUAAGAAAGUAGGGCGAGGCGGCGCGGGGAAUUUCUAUAGUAAACAGGAUGUAGAGAGGAGUAAUGGUACUUCUGAUCUCGAAGCCCAAUCCUCCUCCUCUUCCAUCAAGCAAAACAAAUCUCCCUCCUUACUCUCACAAGCAUUGCGCGCCAAAGGCGCCGCUGGGCCACCGCCAGAAUACCAACACACCGGUCGCGGCGGCGCAGGCAAUCUCACUUCUCCCGCCUCGCUCGUGAAUUCGGGUCUCACGCAAACAUUGACGAAUUAUGAUAACCCGACGAUUAAUCCCGCGCCCCCGUCGAGCUCGCCGAGAAAUGUGAGGAGUAGCAUGCAGAGUGUUGUUUACAAGGGUGGGCGAGGAGGCGCAGGAAACUACGACUGGGAAAGCGACGAGGCAUCCAGAGAAACGCAACGCAUCUCGGAAGAAAACUCGCGCAAGGAAAUUGAAAAGAAAGUGGUGGGUGAUAUUGAUGGGGAUGGAGAACAGGGACUGAAGAAACCUGGGAAGGCAUAUGAUAUUAAUGCGGGAAAAGAGAUGGAGGGCUCAAAGGGAGGGGCUCUGGGUGGAGUUUUGGAGUAAAUGUAAAAUCGAAUGGCGGAGUGGUGUUUCUGGUGGGUUGGUUAUGGAUAUAAGAAUUGGAUACCUAUGUAUUGGGGGGGGGUAUGGCUAGGGGAUAAUAGAUGUGAGACGUAUAUUCCAAGCAUUAGAGCGAUUUUGAGUAAGUGUUUAUAUUGACAGAUGAGAAAAGAUGAGAGAGGAUGAGGUAAGAAGAAACUGUCGUUGUAAUUAUAUUGUCUAGACAUUGGAUUCAGGGUUUGGGUGAAUUGGAUAGUUAUACGACGGGCGACUGUCUUGUGUUGACCUUUUCCACAGUUCUUGAAUGGGAUACUGCAAUCUAAGGUUACCAAGAGAAUCUCAGUUUCAUGAGAGAAAACUAAACAUUCGACGUAGGAGUAAUGAUUUGUCGAACCUAUGAUCGAGUGGUCUCACGGAUAUCACGUUCCAUAUCUCAGACAAAUAGUAGUAUAAAUAUUUGAUUCGCAGCUGUCCAGCGGGGAUUUCAAAAUACGUUUUCAGUGAAGGGAUCAAGGAGUUGAGGAUAUCGAAAACGGUGAUUUUGGAACGUCCAAGAAAGAGCAAGAAUGGGAGAGGGAGGAGGAGUUUCUUCAUGAAUGAGGAUCAUAGUCCCGUAAUGGUUUUGGUAUAACUUCGAUACUGGAUAUUCGAUGUCGGACUUUUUCUCGUGGUGAUCAUGGUCUUUCGAUAGUUGGAUGAUCGUUAGUGCGGAGCUAUCUUGGGUUCUUUUGGUAUCUUGAUGGAAUGAAAACGUUUGUGAGGGAUAGUCGAGAUGCUUUUUCCCUUACCCGUAUCAUGUAUAUGUAUCUUUGCUUGUGGGAAGAUGAGGGAAAAGGGGAAAGUAGAGAGGACGUAGAAAGUCAAAACGAUACGUGAGGAAGAGAUGAGGAUUUACUUUGCAAAGUCAAGAUGCUUGCUUGUAUUUACUAGGUAUGAUCUCACAAAGCUCCCCCUACCUGUUUCUGUCUCGAUCAUGGAUUCCUGUUGUGCAUGUGGAUGAUAGCGAUUAUUGAGAAUUCCUCACCGAAGAUCUGGCUGAGCGGUGCCGCAAAGCAGGCCGUCUACGAACAAGAAAGAGGAUAGCAAAUCUUGAGAGCUCCAAGUUGAAGCUCUCGAGAGACGAUCCUCAGAGUCGCUACCAUCGAUUUCUUCGACCUCGUCAAACUCGGGACAUCUUUCUCCGGAGAUGUGGUGGGGAAGUUCAGCAG